AUGGACCGCCAGCGCGCCGAAGACCGAACCCGCCGCCGUGAAGCUCAAUCCCGAUUUGCUGCACAGACGCCGCCGCCCGCCACUCCAUCACCGAAACGACCUAGACAAGAGCAAGCGCCUCACUCCGCCGCCGACGCAGCCAAGGCGCUCCCCAAAAGACCCCGGCCGAUGCGAGAAACCGUUCAACUUCAACGAGACUCUGUCGAAUCCAUACUGCAUCACUACAACGCCACUUUCCGCGUCAAGGAGCAGGCAUCAUCGACAAGAUCCUGGUGCAACGAAGUUCCGGUUGCCCUCCAGGUAGAGGCUGCUAAAUCUUUCUACCAAGCGUUUACCGAGGAACGGACGUUGCCGGUUUCCCACUGCGUCUUCUGCUAUAGGAAGACACCGCCUUGCGAACUCGCCACCAUACAGUGGAGGGAUCGCUUGUCGCCCUCCAUGCUGCAGGCGACCAAGACUGUCCAAGAGUGUGGCGCGUGCCUUCCGUCACACGAGGGCGCCAGAGUUGACGUGUGCCGCGAGUGUCGCGCCGGCUUCGACAGUGGACGGCUGCCCAAAGCCUGCUCGGUCAACAACAUGGCCAUCGGUUGCGAACAUCGGUACCCCGAAGAGCUUGAUGACCUCUCCCCCGUUGAAGAGAGACUCAUUGCCCUGCAUGCACCUUUUGGCUAUAUCACCAAGUUCACGGUCGACAACAAGACCCGUUCGGGAAUCAGCUACCGCAAGCACGUGAAAGGACACAUCGUCGUCUUCCCGAACAAAGUGGAUGAUCUUGUGGCCACGGUUCUUCCUCAUCCCUUACUGCAGGCCAUUGAGAACAUCCACGUCUCUUGGAGCGGUCCGGGCAAGCCUGGCUCCGCAGACGUCAGACACCUGCUUCAAGUGCGCAAAUCUCGAGUGGCAGCUGCCCUGGCAUGGCUGCAAAGGAACAACCCGCUCUACGAGGAUAUCGCAAUUAACCAAGCAGAGAUAGAUGGCUGGCAGUAUGCCGACGGCUCCACUGUUCCGACCGUCAUCAUGGACCGCAUGCGAAGGGAGGAACCGUCGACCGUUGAGAAGACACAAACGGACCACAUAGUCCCGGACACUGAUCGAGGCUUGGAAAACAGCUUCAGAAGCAUCGAUGAACUGAUCGUACUCUGUCCCCGAGCAGACUCAACCAUCCCUGGUGAGCCGGCGACUCUUGUCCCCGACUCGGCUGCCAUCGGCCUGGAAGUUGACGCCGUCUGUGAGAUGUCUGCUUCCGGCAUGUUUCCUCUCAAUGGACCGGCUGCCUUCGCCGAGACCGAUAAACUGUCGUUUCUGGCCGACAUCGUCAACGCCAAUCCGGAUCGACAUGGCAACUCUGUGCCGCUCGAGCAAGCGUAUGCGAACUUGAACGAGGACCGACUGAAGAGAGCCGAGGCGGAGAUGCGGGAGGCAAGGACCACGUCGGACCCUGACAUAUCGGUCUUGCUUCGCGAGCUGUCGAUUUUUGGCCACGCACAGCCGCUCUCGAACGAAUCCCGUUUGCUUAUGCGGAGGAAGAUACAAGCUGUUAACAUUUGGGCCGGUAUGCCUGCAGUUUGGAUUACCAUCAGUCCCAACGACAUUAAUAAUCCGAUAAAGAUGAAACUUGCCAUUCAUAGGCUGCACGAUUAUGACUCUGCAAUGGAGCUUUUAGCCGAUCUCCGUGAAAGGUACGACAGAAUCGCCCUCAGCACCAUGGAUCCGGUUAGCUCGGCCAUCUUCUUCCACCGAGAAAUAUCCUUAUUCUUUGACAAGUACGUGAACACGGGCCAGGAAUCGAUCUUUGGAAAGAUUAGCCACUACUACGCCACGGUGGAAACGAACGAGCGAGGCAGCCUCCACUUACAUGGACUCCUCUGGCUGGACGGCAACAUGCGGUUACCGAACCUGGUAGACGAUAUGGCCAAUCCUGCGGAAGAAGGAUACCGUGCCCAAGUGACCCGGUACGUAGACUCUGUCUUUCACGAGUGUUUAGAUGAAGAUGCUGGAAAAACCCUGCGACAACAGAGGAAGCCCAUCCAUCCCGUGGAGGAGGUCAUGACCAGCACCUCGGCUCUCACUGCGGCCUUCGAAGACGAAUCCAACUUCAUCGCGUACUGUUGCCAAGUGCACUCCCACACGUACACCUGCCUCAAGUAUUCUCUGAAGGGGAUCGUUGAACAGGGUGCAGAUCCACAGAGACGGACGGCCUGCCGCUUCAAAGCACCGUGGAAGAUCGUCGACGAGACAGGGUUCACAGAGGACGGCUUGCUUCAGAUCCGGCGCAACCAUCCACUCGUCAAUCGGUAUAACAAGUCAUUGGCGGUCGGCCUUCGUCAUAACCAUGACGUCUCGAUGAUCUUGACCAAAACCAAGGGCCUGGCCAUGGUGUACUACAUCACGAACUACGCCACCAAACUGGAUACGCCGAUGUGGAAACGCAUUGCUCUUGCCGCCGAGGUUGCCCGCCAACUUCGCGAAGCCGGUCGUCCGACGUCUCGCGCACCAGAUCCCACCCUGCCCGACGACAGGCAGCAGGCAGUAUUGAAUGAAAGCCGUCAAUUCCUGAUGAGAACGGCAAAUCGGAUCUUCUCCGAGCGACAACUCUCGGCCGUAGAGGUCUGUUACCAUCUCCUUGGAUAUGACACCGACUUUACCAACGUGCCGCAUUGGUCUUUCCUGAACCUGACGGCGCUCUAUUGGGCAAUCUUUCGGCUAUGGGCACAUCUCCGCCAUCAGGCCGGCGAGCUGACGGACGCUGAACAGCCCCCGGAGACAAUCCGUCUGAGGCAAGGAGGGCGAACCCUUUUAUACCUGGACGCGUACGCGUACCGGGGCCAUGUUCUACGAGACCUAUGCCUGUACGACUAUAUGUCAAUGAUUCAUUUGAUGCGUCGAAAAAGUCGGAGUGAAGACGACUCACAUUUUCUCGAUGGGCAGGAUUCCGACUGUGACGGCUGGAUGCAAAAGCUUCGACGGCCAGACCAGUACGCCGUCCCGAUCUUCCAAGGAUACAUCAGCGACGACCAUGAGGACGAUCACCCAGUGUAUAUUAAGCGAAAUUCGGUCCUACAUUUGGCGUUAUUCGUCCCUUGGGAAAACUUCGUUUCUGAAAGCCAAGGCGAUAUAACCGACAUAUGGACGAGGCAUCGGGCCGGGCUUUGUCCCCGCCUCCGUUUCCAUGUCUCCAACAUUUGUCUUUUGAGAAAGUCUGCCGAAGACGCGCGUAAAGACACGAAGCUCUGGGCCAGUCGAUCGGAGGUGACGACACAAUUGACGUUGAGACUCCUCGUCCUCUUGGAUCUAAUACGCGACGUGCGUAAGGGGAACCUCGCUGGAGGACAACCCUUUGUCCAACGUCAGGAGGAUCUGUACCUCAAUAUACCCCACGACCAAGGCGACACCUUGUGCCAAUUCCCAAUAUUAUCUCGAGAUGAUGUCCAAGCAGCAGCCAAGGCCCAAGACCUGUUGCAUCUUCGAAUGCUGGACGACAUCGAGGGUGGUUCUCAGGGCACCGUACUAUCCACGAAUGGCGCCGACAUCGACGAUACCCUAGCUCGCUACGGCGAUAUGGACACCGCCGCUGCGCUCACAGGCAGUGACCUCAAUGAACAAGGCCCUCGAAUGCUCGUUGACGUCACUCCGGCGACUAGCUUCGCGGAGAUGGGGCACACCACCGCAGCCACCUUCACACUGAACUAUCUACAGACCAUGGCCCUUCAACUCGUUUGCGCAUUUCUAGACAGGUAUACGGCUAAUCCGGACUCAGCUGGCCAACAUCUCCAGUAUACCGGCGGGCCGGGUGGCACGGGAAAGUCGAGGAUCAUCGAUGCCCUGAAGGACGUGUUCGCGGCGAGAAACCAGCCACAUCUUCUGCAGAUAACCGGCACAUCGGGCAGUUCGGCGGCCCAGAUUGGCGGCACGACGAUCCACUCGGCCUGUGGAUUGUGGCAUCUGUUCAAAACCGUUGUGCUCCUCGAAGACCAGGUCCGGGCACGCGACGAUCCCCAACUCGGCGCACUCCUGGAUCGAGUUCGUGACGGGCGGCAGACACGGCAAGACCUCGACUUGCUCAACGCCAACAUUGUAGGACGCUCCCAAAUCACCUUCGACAAUGGUUUGCGUGCUAUAACGCCGCUGAACCGCACCCGCUGGGCCCUCAACAUGGAAGCUGUCGUAGGCUGGGCGCGCUUCAACAAGCAACAUAUCCGUAUCUUUAUCUCGACUCACACCUGGCGCAACGGCACGCUUUCUCCAAACAUCAUAGCACAAACCAUUGGACAAGGUGAUGACUCUGUCUGCAAAGUCCCUGGUGUCUUUUCUACGCCCAAGGUAUGCCGGUGGUUGUGA